UGGAGGUCACCAGGCUGCAGCCUACAGCACACGUAGCCACUGUUUCCCGUUGCGCGUGCGUGCUCCUGUGCGCGCCCACGCCAGCUAUUGUGUUUUUAUUAACAAGACGACCACCCUGGCCUUACGGGCAGAUUGAGCUGGCUAAUUUUCCGAUACCAGGUUACAAAAUCAUGGCGGACGAACAAGAAAUAAUGUGCAAGUUGGAAAAUAUCUUGGAGAUACGGAACAAGACUAUCCAGAUGCAGAAGAUCAAGUCUCGCCUCAAGACUGAGUUUGAGGCUCUGGAGUCCGAGGAGAAGCAUCUGAAAGAGUACAAACAGGAGAUGGACCUCCUCUUACAGGAGAAGAUGGCACAUGUGGAGGAGCUGCGGCUCAUCCAUGCAGAUAUCAAUGUGAUGGAGAGCACUAUCAAGCAGUCAGAGAAUGACCUCAACAAGCUUCUAGAAACAACUCGGCGCCUGCAUGAUGAGUACAAACCUCUGAAGGAGCAUGUCGAUGCCCUUAGGAUGACCUUAGGUCUACACAGACUUCCCAACCUCAACGAGGAGGAGGAAAAGCUCUCUUUGGAUUACUUCGAAAAGCAAAAAGCAGAGUGGCAGAAGGAGCCACAUGAGCCUGCUAUCCCAGAAUCCCUUGCGGCAGCAGCAGCUGCUGCCCAGCAACUCCAGGUCUCCAGGAAGCAAGACGCCCGCCAGACGGCAACCUUCAGACAGCAGCCCCCACCUAUGAAGGCCUGCCUGUCAUGCCACCAGCAGAUCCAUCGUAAUGCUCCAAUCUGCCCACUGUGCAAGGCCAAGAGCCGCUCCCGCAACCCAAAGAAGCCCAAGAGGAAGCCAGACGAGUAGAUCCUCCUCAGCCUUCAGCGUCAUCACUGUUAAAAGGGAACUGGUCCAAUACAUUCAUCUAUGGUCACCCAUGUACUUUUCUGUACAUGCCUGGCAUACGAGUUUGACUGGGAUUAUGAUGGUUUUAGAUCUGUGGUCCAAGACAAUUUCCUCAAACAGUCCCCACUUUAACAAGGUGUAUUACGACAUCAUUCAUAACCUGUCAACAAUCCAUUGAGGGUCUGGUGUUUAUGUCAUUCUUUAUUUUUACUUUUAUUUCUAACAGUGCUUUGGGUGUGUUAAUAUGUAAAUGUAUAACCUUCAUAUUAGGUUUACUAGCCCCUAACCAUAUAACUGCAAUAAGGAGAGAAAGAACUUGAAAAAAAUUCCAAAUUGUGCCCAUGUUGCUAUUGUUUAUCGCCUUAGAUAUUGUACUGUACUUUUUUUAUUUAAUGUUUAUUUGAAUGCAUGCAUGUUUCCCAUGGCUGCCUGUUGUGUAUUUUUUGUGACAAUAUAAAAAUGUAAUGGGUUUAUUCAUAAAGUUAAAUAAACCACAGUGUUGUUUAAAUGUUUACAGCGUGUGACCACAAACUAGAGAAAAAAAGCCAGACUUCUUUGCUUUGAAUAGUGUUGUGUGUUAAACUUUAAUACAAUGAUACAAAAUAAAUGGCUGUUUUGUACUGAA